CCCGGUGAAGUCAAGUUUUCUGCUUGUCAUAAUACUUCAAUUGCCUUGGCGGAUGCUGUUGGUUCCGACAUUCUAAAAUUAGCUGAGAGGUUGGCGAGUAAAACAGCCAGAGCGGCAUUUUCCGAGCAGCGCUUAAGCAAUCUUUUCCUGAAAAGGUUAGAUUAUUAGGGAGUCCACCCUCACUAGCGGAGUAGGUUUAUUAUGUAUUAUUAUACUUUGUUUUAGUUUGUUCUUGUACCGCCAGUAAUUAAUCCUCGCGCACAUGGAGCGCAGGGAUGUGUGCUCUUUGUCUGUACCCCCUACAGAGUAAGUCAGAAAACAGACCGGACAGUGAUAUGGGUUGUUUAUUUUGUUGGAGUAGGGUCGAGGCAAGUUAACCAAUUACCUUUAUCGUGUGAAUGACCCCGGAGAACUUACCUAGGUACCUCCUUCUUGGUCGUAUACGGAGUACCUUUCGCAAGAUGCUUGUUCUUCUAGGCUGUGUAGUUCCCACUUCUAGCACCAACAUUGUCGGUGCAGAGUCCUAUCCAGAUUUGUUUGGGCAAAACCAACGAAACCGGAGAUUAUGGACGUUGUCGUCGGCGGUGAAGUAUCUUGAUGAUAGGCCUCAGAUAAUGGAGACCCGUCAGAAAGAAUCUGGAUCAAUUAGGUUACACAAGUCGGACGCUUAUCAAACAAAUGGCCUGCCACGUGCCAGCGAACGGUCGGGUGUGACAUUCGUCUGGUAUCGCCAGUAAUGUAGUAAUGUAGGCUAGUAAUAUUAAUCCAUACGGAGGCCAGAGAGAGGAUGGUAAUAAUGGCUUGGGUUGAUUCAAUCGUCGACUGAGAGUUGGUGGCAAG